AUGGCUACUACGACUCAAUCAAACUCUCACACCACAACAAUCCUCGAAGAAGUCGCAGCGAGCCAAGAACACCUGCGCAUCCGCCUGGCAGGCGCUCUCGCCUCACCGCCACCAAGUCUCCCACCCGACUCGCUACCCUCCGUGCCGUUGAUUGAUAUCGGCGCUUCCUUUUCCCCGGACAACAUAUCCGCCAAGAAAGCAAUCGCCCAAGAGAUCCGCUCAGCAUGCCUAACCACAGGCUUCUUCCAAAUCAGCAAUCACGGCGUCACAGAGCACGCAAUUACCAACAUCAUCGAGCAAGCCCGUCGCUUCUUCCAUGACCUGUCGCCGGAAGCCCGGGACCGGAUUAAUGUGCGACAGUCCCCACUAUUUCGUGGGUACGAACCAGCUGAUUUCUCGUACGUGAAUCCUGACGACAAUGGCAAGGCGGGUGGGUUUCGUCACCAGCCGGAGACAAAGGAGGGGUUCAAUUGGGGGUAUGAGGAAGGUUUGGACCCGACGGGAGGGGAUGGGAAGUACGUUGAGCUCGAUGGGUCGUCGCCUAAGGAGACCGGCCUAGGGAAUUUGUGGCCUACGGAAGAGGAGUUGCCAGGGUUUUAUGAUGCGGUCAGAGAUUACUAUGCUCAAGUGCUGCAGUUGGGCAGGCACUUGUUCGGAAUGUUUGCGUUGUCGUUGGGGCUGGAGGAGACGUACUUUGACAGGGUCAUGACUCAUCCUGGUGGGAUUGCUAGGCUGAUUUACUACGCGGGCAAUAAUGCUCCUGAGGAUGCAGACACGGCGAUUGUUCAGGGUCGGGACGAAAAGGACGCGAGCAAGCUCGGUCUCGGAGCUCACACCGACUACGAGUGCUUCACCAUGCUGCUCUCGUCGUCACCGGGCCUGGAAAUCCUGUUUCCUCCAUCACCUCUUACGGACAACAAGCCCCUCUGGGUGCCGUGCCCUGUCCGACCAGGAACGUUCACGAUCAACGUGGCCGACUUUCUCAUGCGCUGGACCAACGGCCUGUACAAGUCUACGAUCCACAGAGUGGUGAGCAAGCCCGGCGCAAAGGAGAGGUACAGUGUCCCGUUCUUCUUCAGCAUCAAUUACGAUGCGGAUGUUGAGGCUCUGCCUGAGGAGGUUGUUGGGGAGAGCAAGUGGCAGAAACUCAGGGCUGGGGAGUAUGUUCUGGAGAGGCUGCGGGUUACUGCUUCAUAA